AUGGACCACCUCCGUGAUUCUCUGCUAAGCUCUCUGCCUAGAGACACACCUUCUACCGCAACGAUCGACCAUUCUCGCAGAGAUCAGGAAGGUACACGCCAGUCUGUCGCUCGGGGUGAAUUCAAAGAGGUUCGAGACAUGGCCUUCAGUAACCGGACCUGGGUCGUUACCAGCCGAUACUGCGAUAUUGGAGAUGGUGUAGACUCCCUUGAAGGCCACAUUCAUUCCCUGUGGUAUAUGUACUACGAGCUUGGCCGAAACAUCUCUUCCGAAUCACCUGAUCAUGAGGGAAUAGUCCUCGAUAUCCUCCGCAUUCAAGGAAUGGGGCCGUUGACUAGACCUGCACGCGGAGUCUAUGGGAUUGAUAUCGCAAGAACCGUCGACGGUACACUGUGGCACGAUCUCCCCUUCUUGGUUGGCGAUAUGACCAAUUUCUGGGUCAAUCACAGUGCUUCUAUGUCGGGAACACACCGUCUCAACUUUGCAACAUUCCUGGCUAAACUUGCAUCUACUCGUGUCGCUAAGGAUAGGCUGUGCCAAGUUGCUCUUCUGAUCUUCCGUACUCUCUUUGAAAGCCCUCAAGCACUUCGCACUGGGGAAGAGUCAGACGAGGAAGACCUCAACCGAGGUACCAAGCAGCUUGAGGUCUUUCAUCUGUUACCAGCUGCUGUUGCUUGGCUGAAAAUAACAAGCCACACCCUCCUUUUGCUAUCAGACUUGUAUUGGAACGACUGCCCUAGCCACAUCAGCAAGGGUGGUGAGGAGUUCCUCGAAUCGGAGCUCGGACAGCGAUCACCUGCUGGAUUCUCGCCAUGGAGAUACAUGUUCUGGCUGAAGCGACUUCAUGACAUUCAGGAAGAAGCUAAAGAAGCCAAUGAGAAAGCCCUGGAGGAGCUUGCCACUGAUGGCAUCCAGUACAUGAUCAACACAAUCAAGCAAAGGAACGCUGGGGUCCUCAGGGCUUACAAGAAUGGUGGCGAUGCCUUGCACCAGGAUAAGCAUCUUUCAUGUCUAAAGCCCCUUGCAUGCGUUGAGGAGCCAGAGUCGUAA